AUGCUGCUGAGUUUGGUGUCGACUUUUAGUAUGCUGUUGGCACCUAGAUGGAGUUUCAGGCUUAUCAGAUGGCCAGGAAUAAGACGAGAACCACCAUGUACUGGCACAUGCAGGUAG